AUGGCCUCGUACGACUUUGUCAUCGUUGGCGGUGGCACAUCGGGGAGCGUCCUGGCUUCAAGACUCGCCCGGUCGGCCAGCAGACCAUCCGUAUUACUCCUCGAGGCUGGAGGGUCAAGCAUUGCUGCCGAGGAUCUGGAUGUGUCCCAACGCUUCCACCUCGCCUUCAAGCCGAAUUCUCCCCUCAACUGGAAGCAUAAAACCACGGAACAAUUCGGAAGGCCAAUCGACUACAGUAGUGGACGGGUUCUGGGUGGCAGCACGGCCAUCAACUUCUCCGCCUUCGUGCUCGGUUCUCAAGAAGACUACAACGAAUGGGCUCGCAUUGCCGAUGAUGAAGCCUUUUCUUGGCCGCAGAUCAAGCAAGUCCUGAGUCGUAUCGAGCGAUAUCAUAAAGAUCUCCAUCCCUCUAAUGCUGACUAUGUUCGACUACCCGAGAGAGGCGCAGGUCAUGGUUCGGUGGAUCUCACGUAUGGAGAGGCCACCAGUCCGACCAUCCAUCAAAACUUCACUGCCGCCGAUCAAGUCGGCUGGCCUCGAAAUCUCGACCUCAACUCGGGAAAUCCCAUCGGAUUUGGAAUCAGUCCGGCGUGCUUCCUCAAUGGCAAACGCGUGACGGCAGCGAGUGCAUAUCUUGACAAUCCUCCCGAUAAUCUCACCAUCAUCACCAACACCACAAUCGCACGCAUCUCCACUGAGGACCUGCAAGUCAUUGACCUCGACGGCCACAUCYACCAAGCCCAAAAAGAAAUCAUCAUCUGCUGCGGAGCGGUCAAGACCCCUCAACUCCUCAUGCUCUCCGGAAUCGGCGAUCCCGAAGAGCUGCUCCAACACGGCAUCAACCCCAAACACCCUCUCCCUCGCGUCGGCAAAGGUCUCCAAGACCACUGCUUCACCACGGCCGGAAUCCUCCUCCACACCGACACUCCCACUCCACCCGUCCCCCCAACCCACCGCAUCCCCUCAAUGAAAGGCUGGUUCAAACUGCCCGACCUCCCCUCAACCCCCGAAUUCAAAUCCCUCUCUCCUUCAACCCAAUCCCACCUCCAACACCCCAGUGUCCCACAUUGGGAAAUCGCCAUCACAGCCCCUCCGACCCCCAACGACGACGAAAAAGCCGCCCCGUUCCCCUCAAAUCAAAUUCCCCUAACGGCAAUAGCCCUCCUCAUGAACCCCCAAUCCCGCGGCACAAUCUCUCUACAAUCCUCCUCCCCAACCAUCCCACCCUUAAUAAACCCCUCCUACUUAACCCACCCCCUCGACCUCAAAACUCUCCUCCUCGCAACACGCUCCCUCCUAACCUACCUCACGGCCCCAACAUUCGCCUCCAACACCCUCCGUCCCUUAUCCUGGCCUAACAAAAACGAUUCCUCAGACGAAUCUCUCACACAAUAUAUCAAGGAGAAUUUAUCCAGUUCCUGGCAUCCUUGCGGUACGGUUUCUAUGGGGAGGAAUUCUAAUGAGGCUUGCGUGGAUGGGGAUUUCAAAGUUUUUGGGGUUAGGGGGGUGAGGGUGGUGGAUUUGAGUGUUGUUCCUGUUUUGCCUAGUGCGCAUACGAUGAGUGUGGGGUUUUUGGUUGGGGAGAUUGCUGGGGGGAAGAUUUUGGGGGAGUAUGGGUUGGAUGGGUAG